CUGCGUCUGCCCCUAGCGGGAGACGCCGCACCGGCAAGGGCAAGGGGGGCAAGGGUGCUGGAGGAGCUGGCGGGGGCGGUGGAGGUGGCGGUGGAGGCGGUGGAGGGGGUGGGGGUGGUGGUGGGAGUGGUGGCGGGGGUGAAGUCGUCGGUGGCAGCAGUGGGGGCGGAGGAGGUGGCGGCGGUGGCAGUUGGAGCGGAGGUGGCGGAGGCGGCAGAGGUGGUGGCAGCAGCAGUCGAGCUGGUCGCGGCUCUGCGCAGAGGGUUGGCUCCAGUGGUGGUUAGUGCCAGCAGCAGCAGCGCACUCGACAUGGCUCCACGCAAGCAGAGUAGGAAAGGCAAGGAAAAGGUGGACGACGAUGACAACGUUCCCUCGCCCUUAGACCAUCCUUACCUAGUGUGGAUGCAUCAACAGCAAGAAUUGGGAGUUGAGAGGGGACUUAUUCGUCGCGAUGCGUGCAUCCCUUUUCCUAUUAUGCCCAGUUCUUCCAGCGCCGCUUAG